AUGGAGGGGAAUGUAUGCGAAUGGAUCACGCUCGCCGCACCAACAAACAUACACGACCCAGGUUCGUCCACUAGUCAGCCUUGGCGUGCCGUCGCACAGUCUCUCAGCAACCUGACCAAGGCUACCGGAGUCCAGAAGUGCACCUGGAGUUGCGUAUUAGAGCGGCCGUCUUUGCUAUACAUCUGGAUAGUAUGGACGUAUCAGUCCGCGUACAAGGCGCAGCUGGGCAAUGGGGAACACCGGUCCCUCUACGAGAAACUGGCGCUUCUUUCGACCUUACCAGUCAACACCAAGGUGAUACAGUACUACAUGCCAGGGAAUUGUACUCAGGCCGGCUGGUGGGACAUAUGUUGGCCCAUUAUCAUCUUGAUACGCUUCGCCGGAUUGCUUACCAAAGAGCAACGACAUCAGGUGGAAAACAUCGAGAGCAUGACUGGAAGAACUGGAUACUACAACCAGGGGAUGGAUGAAGAACCAAUUCGGGGCUUUGUACUCGAUGAUACCGAAAAUUGCGACGAGCGUGGAGACCUGAUUCACGACACAUACGCCAUGCUCGAUUGCUGGCUACAGCCUAUCCGCGAGGAGGAAGUGAAGAGUAUCGGUAAAGAAGACCAAAACAAGAUAUCAGCUAGUGGCCGAUUGGAUCGCGCUCAAUCCCCACCCCCUUGUUUCGUCAACGAGAUCAACGCGCUGAGUUGCGCCAACAUAGAGACGCAACACCUGUGGUUUACCACAGUCUUCCCUCCCUCUGACUUCUUCGGGGAAGAAGAGUUGGACCCAGAAGAUAUAGAAGCGAGGAGUUUUGAAUUUUAUUGGAAAAAAGGCAGGAAGAUAUGGGAGCUCGAAAAGAAGGGGAGAAUGCGUAUGGGGUAUAGUCCUCUCCAGCUCUUAAACAUUGGGGAGAUUGACGUUGAAAGCGAAUGUGAACUCUGUGUUGAAAUCAACCCGGAGAUUGAACCCGAACCAGAGCAACUACGAUGGCCUGUAGUGGGUUGA